AUGGCUGAUUCGAAGCCCAAACCCCCUUCAAUCCCCGAAUGGCAACGGCCCUCCGCCACCAACUCCGCCUCCGCAUCUCCGCCGAGCUCCGAUGAUGCUUCACGAUCGGACCUGCUACAGCAAGCGACCAAGUUCUUAGAAGACGAGUCAUUGCGCGACGCACCGCUAGAUCGCAAGGUAUCAUUCUUGGAAUCUAAGGGUCUCCGACAAGAUGAAAUUGACAGCCUGCUGGGCGUGUCGCGAAACUCCGAGGCAACGGCUGCACCCGAGGGCGAUAACAAGACCACCGAGCGUAGCACGACGAAGGACACACCAAGCGACUCUGCCUCUUCAUCGUCUUCUAGUUCGACAUCCCAACCAUCCUCUUCCCCUGAUACCACCAUCAACAAUCGGCAAUCCUCGUCCGCUCGUGACGUCCCACCGAUCAUUACUUACCCGGAAUUCCUUGUCAACCAGUCCAAACCCCCUCCGCUAGUGUCUCUUCGCAGCCUCCUCUACACUGUAUAUGGUGCUGCAGGCCUAGGAGCUAGUAUAUACGGCGCAAGCGAAUACCUCGUGAAGCCCAUGCUCGCCAACCUAACAAGUGCACGACACGAACUGGCCGAAACAGCCCAGGAUAACCUGAAGACAUUGAACGAAAAGCUGGAGCAAAAUGUAUCAACCAUUCCUCCUCAGCUCACGGCUCGUCGCACUCAAUCUACUGGCUCCAACUCGGAUGAUGAGACCGAGUCUGUCACAUCCGACCCUGCGGAACUAUUCCACCGCGAUGUCGCUGUCCAGACCACGGAAGAUUUCAACCUAGAGAAAUCAUCCUCGUCAGCCGCGAAUACCGCAGACACAGAAUCGUUCGACCCCAGUGCGGCUGUGAAUACGCAUGUAAAGCGACUUGAAGUCAUCAAGUCGCAUCUCCAAGAAUUCUCCGAGACUGACAAGCAGUCGAGUACGUGCGAUGAUACUGUUCGCACUAGCCUUAACGAGCUACAUCAUUACCUCGAUGGACUACUAUACAGUAAAGCUGGCUAUGGCCCGGGAACCGGCUACGGGGUCUAUAGUACGCCCGGCUUUGACAGCAGCGGAAACACGGCUGGCUUGGGUAAAGGCGAAGAAGACGCCAUAUCCAACUUCAAGUCUGAGAUUAGAGGUGUCAAGGGAGCUUUGUUGAGUGCCCGGAACUUCCCUGCUAGCCGGGGGCCGAGAAUUAGUAGUGGUAUCGGCAGAUAA